AUGGAUAAAAGUUGGAUCGAUCUACCCACUGGUCAUCGUGAAUAUAUCGACGGUUGUAUGGAAUUUAUUGAGUUUGCCAAGCAAGAUCUAGUCGAAGGAAAAAUUAGAUGUCCAUGUAAGAACUGGGAUACGUUUCAGCGUAUGUUUGAGAGUGAUGGAGGGAUUACUAGUGAAGGAUCCCUUGAUAACCAAAGUGGGUUUGUAGGUCGAGAUAAUAUGGGAGGGCUAUUAAGAUCAGCAUUUAGUGUUAAUAUGCCUCCCAAUUUCCCAAAUUUAGAAGCACGAGAGGAUGAUGAAUUGAUUGAGGAGCCCGUGGCCUAUGACACGGGUGUAGAAUAUGAUUAUUCUACAAUAGAAGAAGAUGUGACGUAUAAGAAGUUGCUUGAAGCUUCUGAGGAGAAAUUAUACGAGGGGUGUAUCAAUUUUUCAAAGUUAUCUUUUCUGUUACACUUGUUUCACUUGAAGUGUAUGAAUCACUGGUCCAUAGAAUCUUUCAAUAUGCUGUUGAAGUUAAUUCUAGAUGCAUUUCCUCAAAUACUUGAUUUUCCCUUUUCUUAUUAUUACAGUAAGAAAAUGAUAAAAGACUCGGGCCUUGGGUAUGAAAAGAUUGAUGCUUGUCCGAAUAAUUGCAUGUUGUAUUGGGGUGAAUUUUUAGAGAAAGACAAGUGUCAUGUUUGUGGUACAUCGAGGUGGACGAAAACUAAGGAUAGAGGUGGCGUUGUAAGUGAUCAAGGUACAGAUACUUGUAAGAAAGGUGUGCCAGCUAAGGUAAUGCGAUAUUUCCCUCUUAUACCGAGACCAAAAAGAAUCUACAUGUCAUCAGAAACAGCAGAAGAUAUGAGAUGGCAUGAUACAAAGCGAUUGGGUGAAGAUGAUAAGAGGAUUUUAAGGCAUCCUUCAGAUGGCUUAGCAUGGAAGGCAUUUGAUGAGCGUCACAAAGAUUUUGCAUUAGACCCUCGUAGUGUUCGAUUAGGUCUUGCGAGUGAUGGUUUUAAUCCUUACCGUUUAAUGAACACCACUUAUAGUACGUGGCUAAUGAUGUUGAUUCCUUAUAAUCUUCCACCAUGGUUAUGUAUGAAACCAUCUUCUUUCAUUCUGUCCACGCUUAUUCCUGGAAAAUCAAGUCCCGGAAAUGAUAUUGACGUGUAUCUGCAGCCAUUAGUGCAUGAAUUGAAAUUGUUGUGGACAAGGGUUGAAGCAUUUGAUGCUUGUGCUGGAGAGAAAUUUAAUUUGCGUGCGGCUUUGCUUUGGACUAUUAAUGACUUUCCCGGCUAUGCAAUGCUCUCUGGUUUGAGCACAAAAGGUUACAAUGCAUGUCCUAUAUGCUUAGAUUCCACGCCUUCUGAUAGAUUUGGGAGCAAGAUUUACUAUUGUAGCUAUAGAAAAUGGUUACUUGCAGAUCACCCAUAUCGAUGUCAAGGUGCCAAGUUUUGUGAGAAGUUUGGAACUAAUGAGUGGGGUAAAGCCCCAUCUCGUCCUAGCGGCACUGAUAUAUUGAGGCAGCAAGAAAAGUUGAAGCAUGUUUACGGAAAGUCGAAGGCACCACCGAAAAAGAGGCAAAGAGAACAUGAUGAUGACGAUGAUGUCCAAGAUGAAAGUGACUUUGGUACCAAGAGAAGCAUAUUAUUUGAUUUGGUGUAUUGGGAGCAUAAUCUUCUAAGGCAUAAUUUAGAUGUGAUGCACAUUGAGAAAAACGUGUCUGAGAAUAUUUUGGGAACUCUUCUUAGUAUGGAUAAGAGUAGAGAUAGUAAGAAUGAUCGAGAAGCCCUUGAAGCAUGGAGAAUAAAGUCUCACCUUUGGCUGAGUACUAAUCCUAACGGAAGUGAAUGCAUGACCCCGGCUUCCUAUUCUAUGUCUACGGAGGAGAAGGAGAGGUUCCUAAAUAUUUUGCAGAAAAUUAAAGUUCCUGAUGGAUAUGGAUCCAACCUUUCAAGUUGUGUGAAUAUGAAGCAAAGGAAGUUGAUUAACCUCAAAAGUCAUGAAAACCAUGUUCUAAUGCAGGAUAUCCUUCCUGUUGCCUUAAGGGCCUCUAAAGCUACAAAAGUGAUUGACUUGUUGGCUAGAUUGUCUUCCUUUUUCAAGAAGUUGUGCUCUACUACUAUUGAUCCAGAUGAUUUAGAUGGUCUUCAAUAUGGAAUUAGUUUAACUCUUUGUGACUUGGAAAAGGAGUUUCUGCCUUCAUUUUUCACAAUCAUGGUCCAUUUGUUGAUUCACUUAGUGGAGGAGGUUAAACAUGGUGGACCAGUGCAAUACAGAUGGAUGUAUCCCAUUGAAAGGCACUUGUCCCAUUUGAAAUCACAUGGAACCAAUAAAGCCCAACCUGAAGGAUCUAUUGCAGAAGGCUUCCUUUUAGAGGAGACAAUUAGGUUUUGUUCGAGAUAUCUUCAAGGUGUUAAGACCAUCUUCAACAUACCUAAAAGGAUGGAUGAUGACAUUCCAAAUCCCAAUGAUUACUUGUUUAAUUCCGGUGGUCGAGUUAUUGGGAAGGAGGUCAGCAUUCGCCUUGAUGACAAAAGCUUAAAACAAGCUCAUCGCUACAUUUUGCUUCACUCUGAUGAGAUAAAAGGGGAUCUAGAUGAAUUUUUAACCGAGAAACGUCUAAUGAACUUACAAAAUCCUGUCACGGAGAGUGAUGAAAGUAACUGGAUCAUCAAUCAAUUUGGAGGGUGGAUGCAAAAUAAGGUACAUUGCAUAGAUGCAACCAACGAAGAUGGGAAGCUAAGAAAAGCUUUGGCGGGUGGUUUGCAUUCUUAUGGCAGAAAAUUAAAAGGAUACAUAAUCAAUGGAUACAAAUUCCUUUCCACGGAUCGCGAUUGUCGUCUUUUGACACAAAAUUCUGGAAUUAUGGUCGAAGCGGAUGGAGAGGCAUACUAUGGAAAAGUGAAAGAUAUCUAUGAAUUAGAUUAUUACGGAGAUUACAAAGUUGUAUUUUUUCGUUGUCAUUGGAUAGACAUUCAUAGGGGUGUAAGAGCAUAUCCAAACGGCGGAGUAUGCGUCAAUUUCUCUAAAUUGAUGCAUUCUGGACGAUUGUUGCAAGAUGAUCCAUUUGUAUCCUCAUCUCAAGCAAAAAAAGUUUUUUACGUAGAAGAUGAGAUACAAAAGGGAUGGUUGCAUGUUGUUAAGAACAAGCCUAGAGAAGUGUUUGAUUUAGGGGAUUCAUUACCACUUCAGACAGUAGUUGGGUGGAGGGGUUGGGAUGGCUUACAGAGGGUGGAGGUGAGUGGUGAUGGUGGGCUUUCUGUGAGGCAAGUAGUGUUAGAUAUGGUUAUGACUAAAAGAACAUUGGUAGCUAUUGACGAAGGGUCGAGCAUUGCUGCAUCCAAGUCCCCAAAAUCUUCUGAUCCAUCCACCCAAAACUGGGGACCGUUCAGUCCUCCAACACUUGGAGUGUCACAGACAUUUGGGACGGUAUCACAACCCAUUAAGCAACCAGUAGCUGCUAAAAAACCAUGGUUGCACCACAAUCAUCCUUGCCUCGGCCUACUUCCAUGGUUUCAAAGCCACAACUGA